AUGAGUCUCCUGCGAUUUCGUGUGCCUGUAGCAUCUAUAUGUCGUUCGUUCAGCACCACGUCAAUAAUUUUCUCUGGUCACAACAAGUGGUCGAAAAUCAAGCACAAGAAAGGCGCGAACGAUGCUCAGAAGGGUGCAAUCUAUAGCAAAGCUUACAGGGAUAUAGUACUUGCGGUGCGAAAUGGCGGCAAUGCGGAUCCUGACUUGAACGCGGCGCUGGCUGUAGUGCUGAAAAAGGUGAAGGCGCAGGGCGUCCCGAAGGAGAACGUCGAGAAUGCGCUGAAAAAGGUUCGGGGUCUAAAGGACAAGGGUGGUGAUCAGCAGCUCACGUAUGAAUUGCUUGGGCCUGGUUCGGUCAGCCUGAUCGUCGAGUGUGUCACUGACAACACGAACCGCACAUUGAAAAUGAUGCAGAUUUGCAUGAAGGCGUAUGGCGCACGCUUCGCGAAUGUGUCCUAUCUCUUCCAUCGGAGGGGACGCGUCGAGGUCGCAAUCGAUAAAGGAGACGACGCUGAAGUAGAACAAGUGAUUGAGGCAGCGCUGGAGGCGGGUGCAGAGGACUUCGAGCAGAAUGAGACCGAAGACAGUCUCGAAAUCGAGUUCCUCUGCGCCCCAAAUGCUGUUACGAGAUUGAUCGAGGCGGUCACUGCGCCAGGCAUGAGUCGGGAGUUGAUCAACUCGGAACUCAUCUAUGCACCGCUGGAAUCCUGCGAUCCGCCUGAGGAUGAGGAAACACAAACUCAUCUGUCCGAUCUCAUAGAGAAGCUAGAGUCUAGUGACGACGUGUUGAAUGUAUGGACGAGUGUAGACGGUUAG